AUGUCUCACCCGCCGCCCGAGCGAUUCCUGCACGGCAAAGUCGCCAUCGUUACCGGCGCCGGGGCCUUUGGGGACGGGAUUGGGAACGGACGCGCCGCCGCUCUUCUGCUCGCUCAGGAUGGGUGCAGCGUGGUGUGUGUGGACUUGCAGCACGGUCUGGCGCAGAGGACCGUCGAGAUGAUCCAAGCAGCGGCCGGGACCGGCGCUGGUGUCGCCGUGGCCGCGGACGUGACCAAGGAGGACGACUGCCGGAAGGUCGUGGCACUCGCUGUGGAGAAGUAUGGGCGGCUGGACAUUCUGGUGAAUAAUGUCGGCAUCACGGGCCCCAAGGGGACCGCGACCGAAGUCGACCUGCAAGCCUUUUACAAGGCCAUGGAAGUCAACGUCGGCAGCAUGAUCAUGAUGGCCAAGUACGCGAUUCCCGAGAUGCGCAAGAACCAGGGCCAGUGCGCGGGCGCGAUCGUCAACCUCGCCAGCGUGGCCGGGCUGCGCGGUGGCCACCCAGCCAUCUUCUAUCCCACCUCCAAGGGAUCCGUCGUCAACAUGACCCGUGCGAUGGCAACACACCACGGCAAGGACCGCGUCAGAGUGAACUGCGUCUGUCCAGGAAUGGUCUAUACUCCCAUGAUGUAUGGCGUUAAGGGCGGCAUGUCCGACGCAGAACGCAAGGCACGCGCCUCGCGCAGCAUCCUCCGUACAGAGGGGAGCGGGUGGGACGUCGGCGCCGCGGUGCGGUUCCUGGCUUCGGAUUGUGCGCGAUGGCUCACCGGUGUCAUUCUUCCCGUUGACGCUGGCGCCACGGCCGCUGUAGGACUGGGCAUUCCAGCUCUUCACGACGCGUUUUUGGGAACUACUGGUGCAAAGCUGUAG